CUCAACAAGAUUGAUCCGUUUGGAUCUUGGUCCAUGAUGGCCUUUUUAUUGAUUUUGACGAUUGGAUCUCUCUAUGAAUGGAAAAGGGGUGCUUCGGAUCGGGAGUAACCAAGGGCAAAAAUUGGGGGGAAGGACAAAGGAAAGAGCGAUGCCUACAUUCAAUCAAUUGAUUCGUCAUGGUAGAGAAGAAAAACGGCGCACGGACCGUACUCGAGCUUUGGAUCAAUGUCCCCAGAAGCAAGGAGUAUGCCCGCGUGUUUCAACGAGAACACCGAAAAAACCUAAUUCAGCUCCACGUAAGAUAGCCAAAGUACGGUUGAGCAAUCGACAUGAUAUAUUUGCUCACAUUCCNGCUUCGGAUCGGGAGUAACCAAGGGCAAAAAUUGGGGGGAAGGACAAAGGAAAGAGCGAUGCCUACAUUCAAUCAAUUGAUUCGUCAUGGUAGAGAAGAAAAACGGCGCACGGACCGUACUCGAGCUUUGGAUCAAUGUCCCCAGAAGCAAGGAGUAUGCCCGCGUGUUUCAACGAGAACACCGAAAAAACCUAAUUCAGCUCCACGUAAGAUAGCCAAAGUACGGUUGAGCAAUCGACAUGAUAUAUUUGCUCACAUUCCUUUUUUAUUACUUAUAGUUGUCUUGAUUUGUUUAUAUGUAAUUUGUCUUAAUAUUGGGGCGAUCCCCUUUUUUAUAAGUGUUCUAAAAAAAGGGGCAGGCUUAGUAGCAGCCAAAAGGAUUUCUUUCAUUUUCACUAAAAUGGGUUUUUCGGGGGUGGGUGCAAUGCUUCUAGGGUGUGCUGUUAGAGCGCUCGUCACUGCGGAAGCAACGCUCCGUAUAGAGAAUAUGAUGUUGCCUGAUAGAACGUCUGACUCCGAGCUUACGCUCGAGCAGGCAGUUCUUAAUGAAAGGGAAGCCAUAAGAACUAGUCUUAUUAAUGGUAUCUAUAGAUAUCUGGAUCUCUUUGAUAAAGAGAUCAUCCAAGAAUAUCCAGAGGCUGCCGUAGAGAUAGGCACUCUUACCUUUUUUGACAAUUUGCGAAAAUCACUUGUAAGCUUCGAGAACCCAUCUCCUUCUUCCCUUACGAGCCUAAGAGCCUUUCAUGAUGUUGUCAAGAAAGACCUAUCUUUCUUAGACGACAAGCCCCCGUAUUGGAAGAAUAAUAUAAUUUACGAUAAUUUUCGGGUCGUCAUUCUGAGAGAGAAAGGAAUUGAUGAUCCGAAGUUGGACUAAUUUGGAAACAUUGGGCAAUUUACUUUAUACCUACUAUUUCGUGCGGACUAUAAUGAGGAGGACGACAGAUCUACUCACGAUCAACUAAAAGGAUAAAAGGAGAAGUCGCGCCGAAAGGAGCAUAUUGGUUCGAAUCCAAUUCGUGAGAAGAGUCCAAGCGAGAGACUAUAACAGUCAAAAGGCCUUCGGCUAAAAUACAAAUAGUCAUAGAGCUCGUUGUUUCACUCAUAAAAGAUGAUGGAUAAGCAGUCGUCUCUUACUAUAUUCCUUCCUAAGUAAGGAAUGGCGGGACGGAUUAAAGCAAGAAUCCCUUC